AUGAGUAACGUGGAUCUGAUUUUCUGGGACCAGUUGCAGGCUGGCAGCUCCGAAGUGGACUGGUGUGAAGGCAAUUACCUCAUCUACCCCAGCAUCGCAGAGUUUUACAACACUAUCAGCAACAUUUUGUUUUUCGUGCUGCCUCCCAUCCUGAUGUGCUUGUUCCGCGAGUAUGCAGAGCACUUCAACAGUGGGAUCUACCUCAUCUGGAUCCUGCUGGUCGUGGUGGGAAUCGGGUCGACGUAUUUCCACGCGACCCUCAGCUUCCUGGGCCAGAUGCUGGACGAGCUGGCCAUCCUGUGGGUGCUCAUGUGCGCCAUCGCCAUGUGGUUUCCCAAAAGAUACCUGCCCAAGGUGUUCAGGAGGAACCGGUUGAGGUUCAAAGUGGUCAUCGGCGUCUUGUCAGGGGUCACCACCGGGCUGGCCUUCGUGAAACCUGUCGUCAACUCGCUGUCCCUCAUGACUCUGGGCAUCCCCUGCACCGCUCUGCUCAUCACUGAACUCAGAAGGUGUGAGAACCCACGCGUGCUCAAGCUGGGCCUGAUCUCAGGGUUCUGGUGGGCCCUGGCUCUGCUCUGCUGGAUCAGCGACAGGAUAUUCUGUGAAAUGUGGUCUUCCGUCAACUUCCCCUACCUGCACUGUGCUUGGCACAUCCUCAUCUGCCUGGCCUCCUAUCUGGGCUGCGUUUGCUUCGCCUACUUCGAUGUUGCGACCGAGGCCCCGGAGCGUGGCCCCGUCAUAAUGUUUUGGCCCAACGAGAAGUGGGCCUUUAUCGGCGUGCCCUACGUCUCCUUACUCUGCGUCCCUAAGAAGUCAACGAUCAAGGUGACCUAACUGGGCCAGAACCGGCCAUUGUGCAGCUUGGACACCAACGAGCCGUGCUGCCAUCACGAGCAGGUGUCCACCUCUCAGACAAGCGAAAGAUGGACCUUUUCCUCCUCCGGAGGGGGUUCUGGUCAACUCUGAUGUCACUUUUUAACAUAUCAG